AGCCAUUUUAUCAUCAUAAAGUCAUCAUUAAUGAACUUUUUUUUUAUUAAUAUGAUCUCUCCUGAAGAUGAAUUUUAGUUUCUGAUAUCUCUAAAAUGAUUAUUCCUCUGUGGGACAAUCAGUUACUGUUUGUGUUCAUCAUUUUGUGCCCGUGAACUAAUCUCUUCACCUCCUUCUGGGUUGGCUUUAUCUGCUUCUCAUUAGUUCCUCUCCAGAAAGAUUUGUUUUGUUUUUUUUUUCACAGAUAUUUUAAGAAUGUCGUCAGAAACUGCCAAUCCAGUUGAUAGUUCACAGCAACCUCUCAAAUCUUCAGCUGAAAUUUUAUCAGAAUUAUUUGGGGCUUUCAAUGCACCGCCUCCUCAGUUUCCCUCUGAUUCAGUCAAAUCCUCUGAUGAAAGCUCUAGCUCAUCAGAGGAUGACAAGAAAGAGUCUAAAUUGAAGAAACACAAGAAAAAGUCCAAACAUAAAAAGCACAAAAAAGUUAAAAAGAAAAAGCACAAGAGUUCUGAUUCAUCUGACAGUGAUAAUAGAAAACACAAGAAAAAACAUAAGAAAGAUCGUAAAAAGAGCAAAGAUGGUUCUGACUCUGAAAUUAAACAGAAACUUCCUAAAUCAAUCACCAACAAUGUUGGUAUAUCAUUGGAUCAUUUAGAAAAUGACAUGGUCGAUGAUAAUAUUAUCACUGCGUCAGAUGAAGAAGCAAAUUCAGUCUCUUUAAAAGAUGACAAUAAUCCAAAUAAAAUAAAGAAAUUAGACUCUUUUCUUGAUGUUAAAUCAACUCUUGAUGACAUAUUUAAUAAUGUCAAAAUGGUUGUGCCAUCAGAAGCGCCUAAAAAUUCAUCAAAAAGUUCAUCCUCUGCUAAAGAAACAAAAUCUACAUCUUCUGGGAAAGAAAAUGAACCCACACAAAACUCUUUCAAAGAUAUCAAACCGGUUCUACCAGUCAUCGUAAAACAAGAACCUGUCGACCGUACAGAGUCUGUUAAAAAAAGUCUCUCAUCCACUACCACCCCACCUGUAGAAAAGGAUCCUGUCCAAGAAAGUGCCACCAAAAAUCCAACACCUACUUUGUUUGAGAGCAAUGAUUCUAGUGAGGCAAAACCUGCAGCAGAUAAAGCUAAAGGAACCACAGGGAAGAUAGUUAUUAAGAACUUAAAAUUUAGUAGUGUUUUUGAAGCAACUGUCAGGGAAGUUGAAGAGCAAGCAAAGAAAGAAGCAGAAAAGUAUGAAGAUGGAGAAAUUCACUCCAGCUCUGAUUCGGAUAAACCAGAGUCUGAAUUAUCUGAAGGCGAAAAAGAUGCCUUAGAAGCCCUUAGUCCCAAAGAUGAUCUGAAAGACACUAUGAAGAAAAGUUCAUCAUCUAAGUCCAAAAGUAAAAAAUGUGAUAAAAAACAUAAAUCAUCUCGUGAGAAAAAGAAAAGGAAACGAAGUCAUUCUGAUUCUAUAAGAUCACCUAGUCCUGUAAGACACAGAAAAGAAAGAAAAACAAGAUCAAGGUCCAGGUCAAAAAAUAGAAAUGGUACUAAAGAUAGGAAAGAAAUAUCAAGCUCCAGACACCAUAGUCAUGAUAGAAGCAAGCGGUCUCAUUCCAAUUCCAGGUAUUCUAGUGAAGAGAAAAAUGAUCAUCAUAGACUCACGGACAGAUCCCGACACCGGAGCCAUGAUAAAGAUCGAGUUCAUGACAAGGAUCAAAUCAAUGACAAAGAUCGAACUCAUGAUAAAGAUCGUUCUCAUGACAGACAUCGUUUUCAUGACAAAGAUCGGAGUCGAGAUAAGGAUCGUCGUAGUCUAGACAAAGAUCAUCAUAGGUCCAGAUCACAUCACAGAAGUGACCACAAGCGACGGAGAUCACGGUCACGCUCUAGUCAUCGAUCCUCUGAGAGACCAAGGGGAAAAUCUGAGGAGAAAAUAGACAAGAAAAAACUAUUAGAAAUAGCUCGGAAAAACACAAUUUCCAUGUUGAAACAAGGUGCCUUACCUGAAGCUGUUCUUGAAAAAACGAGACUUUCAACUUUUAAAGCCGGUGGAAAAACAGUUGAUGAAUUAACAGACUUUUGCAAGUUACUAUCUCAAAAGGAUGCUGAUGGUCAUGAAUCCAUCAGUUCCGACACAGAUGACUCUGGCAGCGAAUCAGAAAAACCAUUUCAUCACCCAUUCCAAAUUAAAGAUAAGCCUUCUAGUAUAGUACUGAAUAUAAAGGGUGCUCAGCCAUUACCUUUGAAAUCUUUACAAGAAAAAACUGCUGAGUCAGCCAAAAAGUUAAGUGCUCAAUUUCCUGUGUCAAGUGGACAACAGCAUAGAAAAACUGAAGAAUGGGUUCCUGUUGAACCGAAAAAGACUGAAGCUGCUCCGCUGCCUGUAUCUGCGCCCUUGGCAAUAACCGCGCCACCUCCACAGCCCGUAGCUACUCCUGUUGCUCAAACGAUGCCACUAGGACCUGCGGCUGUUCCUGCUCCCGCUGCUCCUGUUCCUGUUCCAACACCAGUCAUUCCUUCACCUCUUCAGACGAAUGCAAUCGCCCCACCACCUGCUGCUAUUUUCCCUCCUCCUCCUGUUGCACCAGUUAAAGACAUUGGGUCCAUAGUUACGCAGCGGCUGAUGGCCAUGAGGAAACUUGUCGAAAAUCCUCACGAUGUUGAAGCUAUUAGCUCAAUGUAUAAAGCGCAGCAAGAUAUGCGAACCUGGGCAGAGUCGAAACAAACACCUGGCCAGUUCACCGGAUCUACGGGUGUGAGAGUACUUUCAGCUGCUGAAUUAGCCUCUGGACCACAAGCAUGGGUUAAAAAGGAUAUGUUGAUCUCUGCCAAACCAGUCUCAGGCGGGAUGGGCAUGACUCUGCUUCAAAAAAUGGGAUGGAAACCUGGAGAAGGUCUCGGAAAAAACAAAGAAGGUUCUUUGACACCACUGUCUUUAGAAGUGAAAAUGGACAAAAAAGGUCUUGUGUCCCAGGAAGAUUUCCCAAAGCCACCACCAAAAGCCCCUCCACCUUUUCGGGCAAAUUUCAAAUCUCUUGAAGGCAAACAUCCAGUUUCUCUGCUCACUGAGUUCUGCUUGAAGAGACGCAUCCCACCUCCUGUGUUUGACCUUUGCAUGGAAACAGGUCCAGACCACAAAAAGAAUUUCCUGUACAAGGUUCGGGUAAAAGGAGUAGAAUACAAACCUGGUGUUGCGAGUCCCAAUAAAAAACUGGCGCGAAAAGAAGCAGCUCAAGCAUGCUUGCAAGCAUUGGGUGUUCUACCACCAUCAUAAGGACUUUGAUAAAUUUUUUUAUAUUUUUAAAUAAUCUAUUUUUGUAGAAGCGAUUUUCUUCUUGUUACCUUUUUUUGUAGUUGUCUUGUAAAAUAAAUUGAAACUCACAAUUUCAGUAGAA